CGGUUACUUGCCCAGUCAUGCCACAAUUUCACACAAUAUGCAGUGUCAUCUCUUGUUUUCUUUGGAACUGAAUCAGCUCUAGCCUUAGUCACAGCUUCAUCUGUUGUUGGAGGUGCGUAACGAUUUUGUGGCACUUGCACAUGCAUGGGCUCUUCUAUAUUGCUCAUGCGCAGUAACUCUUCAGUCACACUGGAUAAAAGGGAGGGGCCUUCAAGUUCUGGUGUUGAGCAGCAUCCCCAGUCAUGCCAUUCCCCAAGCAGUACGAAUUUCUGCAAAAGUCUUCUUUGUUAGCUCUUAGUUGUCUAUUAGCAUCGUCCGUGCUGUCCAUUGUGACUCUAGCUGUUCCUAUAAUACAGACUGGCCUACACAGUGAGCUGAUAUUUUUGCAAGGCAAACAACUAGCAGCUCUCUGAGGGAGUGUUUUACUGUCCAUGACUUUACAAUGUUGAAAGCUGUUCACUCCUUUCUUGGUCGACCACCAGUUGAACCACUACCUCGUUACAGUCCAUUCUCUGUUGCAGCUUACGGACACUAUUACAUGUGGAGGGGGAGUGGUCCAAGACAGGGGUCUAACAUCAUUGCUGUGUGUGAUCCAAGCACUGAGCUGUGGAGCCUCUUGCCCACCACUGGACCUCUACCCCCUGGAGAGUAUGGUGGUCGUUCUGUUUGUGUAGGUCGUUCCCUGUACACCUUUGGUGGUCGUGAGGGUUGGUCUUCUUUCUUCAAUGACAUGAGCACGCUUGAUCUGGACUCUCUCCAGUGGACCAUGGUUCAAACCUCUGGUAGUCAGCCUAUAAAAAAGUCUGGCUGUGGACUUGUCCGUGUGAACGAGAGAACUCUGUGCUGCUUUGGAGGAGUCGGUAUUGAGGGCACCACACAACCAGGAUCAACAUUCACCAGGGGACUGUCUGAUGGACGUGGAUACACAAACGAGUUCCAUUUCUUUGACACACAAAAUGAUGUCUGGUCGUCCCCUGAGCUCAGAGGAGAGAGACCUCCUCCCUGUUCCUACUUCACCUUCAUAAUGGUGGACCAGCACAGGGCAGUCCUCUUUGGAGGGAACCAACCUCGCUGUGGUGAUCGUGCGGUCAAUGAUGUGUACAUGUUUGACUUUAGGACCAUGGAGGUAACUAAGGUGAAGCCAGUACAGGGAGAGCCAUGGCCAGUGGAGAGGUCAUUCCAUGCUGUCUGUUGUCUCAACUAUGGCCAGGGCCACCCUCAACUACUGAUGUACGGAGGACUGGAUAAUGGCAACAAGACACUGGGGGACAUGUGGAUACUUUUUGUUGACACUGGCAAGUGGACAGAGGUGACACCUCCUGAGUCAAUGACACCACGUCACUGCCAUUCCAUCACUGCCACCAGUCUGGGACCAGGACUCACUGAGGUCCUCGUGUUUGGAGGCUGGGGGAAGAUGCAGGAAGAUAAUAUUUCAAACAUUAUUGCAGAGACCACCAUACUGAGAUUUGAGUUGACUGGACCCUCAGUGUCUGUUGCUGGACCCUCGGCUGGAAAGUGGGCUAUCGUGGAAGUGGCCCACAACGACACUAGAGGCUCCGCCCAGCGACUGAGUGAGAAGAGGAUCAGACAAGCAACUGCACAUGCCUCAUCAGUCAGUGAGACCAGUGACCACUCCUCUCAAAACCGGGUGAGGGCUCUGGAACAACAGUUACGAGCAGCAGAGCAGAGAGAGCACGACACUCAACGUCACCACCAACUACAGCUGCAAGAGAAGGAUCGAGAAUUGGCUACACAAGCUAGAGCAUUGGCUAUGAAAGAUCAGGAAUUGGCUGAGGCCAACAGAAGAGAAGCUGACCUGUCUGCUCGAAUCACAGAUUUAGAGAGGGAGUUAGAAGGCAAGACGAAAGAGUUGGCAGCACACAACACAGAGGUGUGGAGGAUUCCGGCCAACAGAGUGAUCAUUGGCAGGAGGAUUGGCAAUGGAGGGUGGGGGGAGGUGCUGGAGGGAACAGUGAGCGUGGCCGUCAAGCGACUACACGAAGAAAUUGCCCUCCCAAUCUACAUCGAAAAAAUGGAGAGAGAAAUGAAGCUAUUGGCUGAAGUGCGACACCCAAACCUUGUGCAAUUCAUUGGUGCUAUUUUUGAUGAGCAAAACCAAGCCAAUCGAUCCCCUCCUCUCAUCAUCACCGAACUCCUGGACAUGAAUCUCCGACAAGCGUACGAGAGGAAUCAACUGGAUCCAGGAAACCGCCUCUCAAUCUUCAUGGACAUUGCCCUAGCUCUGGACUACCUGCACCAGCGCUAUGAUCCCAUCAUCCAUCGUGAUGUGAGUGCUCCCAACGUCCUCCUGCAGCGAAUGCCCAACCACCAGUGGAAGGGGAAGGUCUCCGACCUCGGCUCCGCCAACUUCCUGCAGCAUGCUCAUACGAUGGGAGAGGGGGCCAUAAUCUAUUCCCCUCCUGAAGUCAUGCCUCAACCGCUUGCACGACCUCCUCCACAAACUGUCAAGAUUGAUGUGUACAGCUACGGCAUUGUGUUGGCUGAAGUGACUGCCAGUCGAUUUCCGAGUCAAGACAAUUUCCCUGAGAUGUUUGAGAGAAUCAAGAGAGAGCGUCUUGCAGUGUACGAGCUGAUACUCCGCUGUAUUGAGAGAGAGUCCAGCCAUCGACCCAGUAUGACACAGGUGAUAGUGGAACUGAACAAAAUAACACCCUUUUAACUAUAUAAAUUUGCUGCAAUAUAUAAUUUUUAUUGUGUACAUGUGCAUUUAGAUAGAAUUAAUUUUAUACUUGGUGAAUUUUAAAAUUAAAAGUCUUUAACUUUUGUAUAAGUGUGUGUUUGCACUCUCCUAUUAUGAUGAUGACUUUUUAUCUCAG